UUGACAGACAAUUAAAACAAAUCUGACGUACACCUUGGCAUACCUUCAAGUACCCCCAGGGGUACGAGUACCCCCAUUUGAGAACCACUGCACUAUAGUAUAAAUCCAAAUAUUUCUGUUUUGCAGCUCACAUUAUUAAAUGAUUAAAGGUAAACUAAACAUGUCUGGAAAAAAUAUAUUUUUUCAAUUUUUAGUCUAAAACCACAUUAAAACUUAACAAAACACAGGAAACUAUCAAUGGUUUGUUUUUGUUUUGGAGGGGAAAAAAAACAUAAUUCUUCUUCAUGGAGGCCCCUGGGGGCGUGGCCUGAUAGCAGAAUGCCAAAUGCUGAUUGGUAAACAAGUGGGCCUCCUUUGCCAAGCCCACAGCACAGGCAGGUAUAAAUGAUGUGCCUGUCAGAGGAAAAAUAACAUUAUUUUGGAGCUGCAUCCUGCCACUUGUGUGAUAUGAAGACCCACCAGCCUCUUCAUGUGGCCACUCCGGUGAGGGAGAGCCUGGCAUUGACUAAAGUGGCAGGAACUUCUGUCUACCUCAAGCUGGAUUCAUCGCAGCCUACAGGCUCCUUUAAGAUACGAGGCAUUGGGCACUUAUGCAAAACUUGGGCAGAGCGAGGGUGCGAGAGGUUCGUCUGCUGUUCAGGAGGGAACGCCGGAAUGGCUGCAGCCUAUUCGGCACGCCAGCUGGGCGUACCUGCGACCAUCGUGGUCCCCAGUGUCACCCCCAACCCAACAGUGGACCGUCUGAGGGACGAGGGCGCCACCGUGGUCAUUCAUGGCAAGGCUCUUAAUGAAAGCAUCGAGUACGGACAGCAGCUGGUGGCUAACAACCCUGGCUGGGUAUUCAUAUCGCCUUUUGACGACCCUCUCAUCUGGGAAGGCCACACGUCUCUGGUGAAGGAGCUGGAACAAGACAUGAGCGAGAAGCCGGGGGCCGUGGUGCUGUCGGUGGGAGGCGGAGGACUGCUGAACGGGGUUGUGGAGGGGCUGCGGCGUGCCGGGUGGGCUGACGUGCCCAUCGUCGCCAUGGAAACCAUCGGAGCUCACAGCCUCAAUGCAGCCAUGAAGGCCGGGGAGCUUGUCACUUUACCAGCUAUCACCAGUAUUGCCACCACUCUGGGCCUGACCAGGGUCUCUGCUCAGACUCUUAAACUGACUAAGGAGCACAACGUCUUCUCAGAAGUCAUCACAGACCAGGAGGCCGUGAAGGCAGUGGAGCGCUUCUUAGACGAUGAGAAGGUCCUGGUGGAGCCCGCCUGCGGCGCUGCCCUCGCCGCCAUUUACAGUGACAUCAUCAAAAGGCUGCAGGACGAGGGCAAGCUGGAGUGGCAUCUGGGUCCAGUGGUGGUGGUGGUGUGUGGCGGCAACAACAUCAGCAUGGAGCAGCUCCACAGGCUGAAGAAACAGCUUGGCGUCAUCUAGCAGGAGCUUUUUGCUCAAAUCUCCUUCAUCAUCCGCUCCCAAAAGAUGUUCCUUUGUGCUCUAUCAUUCCAGAAAGUGGCAGACUUACUGAGCACACAGGUUGAAGGACUGAAAUUGAGGAUGUGGAUCUGUAAAAAUGUACUUUUCUUUGUUGUCUUGAUUGUGAGCUGAAAUAGAAAAACAAAAAUAGAAAUUUUGCUUGUGUGAAUUGACUUCCUGUUUUUGUACUGUAUUAUAAAAA